AUGCGUCUGUUGCACUUCAACAGCAACGGCGAUCCUAGUCUUACUAGCAACCUCGUUAAAAACGUCCCCCCCUAUGCGAUACUAUCCCAUACGUGGGGCAGCGAUGAGGAAGAAGUCAAGCUUCAGGAGUUGUCAAAGGGCAUCGGCAAGGACAAACCCGGAUACGCCAAAAUAGUCAAUUGUGGGAAACAGGCCGCUUUGGACGGACUGGUCCAUUGGUGGGUAGACACCUGCUGUAUUGACAAGACGAGUGAUUCUGAGCUAUCGGAAGCCAUCAACUCGAUGUAUAAGUGGUACCACUAUGCCGAAGUCUGUUACGUCUUCUUAUCGGAUACUGGGAGUUACGAGACGGUGGAUCGGAGUAGAUGGUUCACGCGUGGCUGGACCCUUCAGGAGCUGUUGGCGCCGAAGUUUAUGGUGUUCUACACUCAAGACUGGGAAAGGAUUGACACGAGAGGCAAUCUGUCACCUACCAUUCAGCGCGUCACGGGGAUUCCCCCCCGCAUCCUUGCACGGGACUUCUCUCGCGAGUGCAGUAUCGCACAAGUCAUGUCAUGGGCAGCCAAACGUGAAACAACUCGGGAGGAGGAUAUGGCAUACUGUUUGCUCAGUCUCCUUGGCAUCAACAUGCCUUUGCUGUAUGGAGAGGGGGCGAGAGCGUUCGAGCGUCUACAGCUGGAGUUCAUGAGGACUUCUACCGACCAUUCUUUGUUCAGCUGGAAGAGCCCCAACGACGAAAGAGGGCCACGCGAACGAGGACCCCUUGCGGUGAACCCUGUGGAAUUCGUAGCCUGCCAACAAGUUAGGCUUCUCGAACGGAUUCACUCCAGAGAUUUCCUGAUGACCAAUCGAGGCCUGCGCAUGAGACUGCCCCUGAUAGAGGUGCAGGACGGUGCGUUAGCUGCGGUUCUGGACUGUAUGGGAGACGAUGACCGGCGCCUUGCCAUCUUCCUUAAAGAGGUUCAUCCCAAGGUAUACCACCGGAUACGUUGUUCAGAGGUCUUGACAAUCGACGAUACCGUCAGUAUUCCUGCGCCCAAAUCCAUAUACCUUGGAUCAGCAGCACCGCAGACCUACAGAUACCUGUUUGACGUGGAUUUCAGUGGUGUGAUGGGACGUGGCUUCAAUCUCGAGAAACACCAUAACCCGGAUGGUUUCUAUCGAUGGACGCUUGAAGAGCGUCGCCAUGGCCGUUUCAAACUCGAGUUAGUUGACAGCGGAGCUUACGGAGGGGCACUAUUUGGGAAUACCAUGACUGGCGAACAUUUCGUCGCGAUUCUGGGCGUUCAUAACUGGAAGGUCUGGUUGGACGUGACUGAAAUAGAGCCACAUGAGUCUUUCGAGGACGUUGUGGAAGAGUACUACCAUUUCCGCGAAAGGCACGAUCCCGAGAAAGAGAAUUGCAGAUGCGGAAAGCCAUGGGACGGUUUCAAAAUCCUGCAACGGACACUGGCUAAGGGAAGCGUGGGCAAGGUCGUUUUGAGCGUGAACAGACACAAUGACGACAACGACGACAACAAUAGCGAUAGCGAUAGCGACGACGAUGGCGACAUUAAUGGCGAAAAUACCAUCAACAAAGACGACGACGACGUCGGAUCAUCUUCACAGACCUUAUUUUUCGGUCAAUUCAACGUGAAGAUUGUGGUGGAAUGA